ACCGUACUAUUCUUCUUUGAGGUUAACUGUUUACAAUCACGCUAAGAAAAUAUCACUUGACAGUCGCACACAUCCAGUUACUAUUUUUAGAAAAAUAUUAUCGAAAUUGCGUUACGAUGAGGUGUGGUCAAUGAAAAUUUAACUAUAACAAUUAAUUUAGUUAUUAUUUUGUGGUUAUACGUUGAAAAACUUAUACCUGGAGUUCGAUUUAUCCAUUUAUUUGCAUUUAUUAUCGAAAACAUUGUUUUGCGAUGGAAACUGUCAGGGCUUGUGGAUGUAAAGGUAUCAGAACGUGUUUGAUAUGUGAAAAGGAAUAUAAUAUUGCUAAACCAAAUGGUAUUGAUGAGCUGAAGAAAGCUCCUUGUUACGUUUACUGUCCAGAUUGCGAAGCAGUAUGGCCCGGAUGGGAAGUCGACGAGUUGAAAUCACAUCCUAAUCAUUCCGGCAAUCCACUUGCUUAUCCCGAUCUGUUCCGUGUGAAUGAAUUUCUUGAACAUCGAUGCACCGAAAAUUUUUCCAAUGAUUUUUUCAAUGACAAAAAUGAAAAACGAUUUAUUUUCCAGAAUGAUUUUUUAACAAUUGACGAAGCUGAGAAUCUAAUAAAAGAUCUUGAUGCCCUGCCAUGGGAGGCGUCCCAAAGUGGGAGGCGCAAGCAGAAUUAUGGACCAAAGUGCAACUUCAAAAAGCGACGUCUUCGCACCGGUGACUUCGAUGGAUUUCCUGUAAAAACAAAAUUUCUCCAAAAGCGUUUCUCAGAGCACGAAAUACUGAAAGAUUUUCAAACGAUAGAACAGUGCAGUCUCGAGUAUACGAGUAAACGCGGUGCUUCGAUCGAUCCUCACAUUGAUGAUUGUUGGAUUUGGGGUGAAAGGAUUGUAACUGUGAAUGUGAUCGGUGACUCGGUUUUGACAAUGACAAAAUACAAAGGCUCGCAGAAGCGUUACAACCUUGAAGAUGUUCCAACUUAUGAUCCCGUUGUAAAAGUCGAUUCUGUGAAUUCGCAACUAGGACAACUUGCAGAAGUACCAGAAAACUCAGUCGUGCGUUUACCAAUGCCAGCAAGGUCUCUCAUGGUUCUCUAUGGUUCUGCCAGAUACGAUUGGGAACACGCAGUUUUACGCGAAGACGUAGAUUCCAGGAGAGUUUGUAUAGCUUACAGAGAAUUCACACCCCCGUACUUAACCGAUGAAGAAAACAACGAGGAAGCGAAGAAUACAUUGAGAAAAGCAUUGAAUUUUUGGUAACAUUGGAGUGACAUUACGUUUCUAAAAAAUGUUCGUAACUCGAAGUACAAACGGAGUGAAAUAUAAUUCUAAUGAAACAAA